GGUGUACAUUCUGGUCUGUGACACGCCUUCUCUGUCGUAGUUGCACUGUUGAUUAUUUUGUUGUGUUUUGAGUUGUUGGUCUGCUCUGUUCGAGGUCAUGGAUGCUGAGGCUUUACUCUCUAGCUGUUAUUUGAAAGUAAUUGGUUGUGUAUUGGCAGUAAUCGUACUCGUAGGCAUAGCCAUAGGCGUAAUAUGGCGAAUUAGAAAGUCAAGACAAGAAAAAAAGCAUAAAGAUUACCCAAAGGACACUGUUGUGCUUCACCAGAUAGGAAGAGCAAAAUAUGCUCCUAGUUUGUCACCAUUUCCAUUAAAGCUAGAGACCUACCUGCGUAUGGCGGAAAUACCCUACAUUAAUGAGCAUUCGAUGGAAAUGUCGUCAAAGGGCAAGACACCGUGGAUGACUUAUAAUGGGCUAGACAUCGCAGAUUCAGAAUUCUGCAUUGGCUACCUGACGGAGAAGUUGGGAACUGAUAUGAGCAAGAACCUCACACCGGAGGAGAAGGCCAUUGCACAUGCAUUCCAGAAGAUGACCGAGGAAAGCCUCUACUGGACUAUGUGCUACAUUGCCCUCGCAGGCGACCUGACUUCAGUACGCAGUAUCAUGCCCUACACUGGUUUCAAGCUGUGGUUCGUUCCAUUAGCACUGAGCUCUGUCAUCCGCAAGCAACUAUGGGGACAGGGUGUGGGGCGACACACCCGUGAAGAAGUUGAACAUAUCGGCGAGGGAGAUGUGAAGGCUUUGUCCGUUUACUUGGGUGAGAAGAGGUUCUUCAUGGGGGACGAGGCCUGCACAGUUGACUGUGCACUGUGUUGGUAUGCUGGCUCAAAUGGUCUGGAACAUGCCAGGCUCACCACAUGA